AUGUCUGAUUUUGAUGGAAAAGUUAAGGAAUUAAUUACAUCCAGUGAAUUCUUUCAAUUCUCAGCAAGUUGGUGUCCAGACUGCGUUUAUGCAAACUCUAUCUGGACUAAGUUUCAUGUAUCAGAUAAAGUUACGAUUUUCGAUAUUGGCUCCCUCCCAAAGGAAGAACAAGAACAAUGGAGACAAGCUUUUCAACGAGUUACAGGUAGCAGAAAUUUACCAACUAUUUUCGUUAAUGGUGUAAUUUGGGGCACUGAAUCUGAAUUGCACAAAUUCGAAAACAAUGGCUCUAUACAACAAGAACUAGAAAAGAUUAACUUACUUUAA